GGAUUUCACCAGUCAGUAUUUUAUACCGCACACAGUAUUUCUUCUGUAUUCUGUAGGAAGAUUUUAUACUCUUUGAAUUCGUAGUUUCCAUUGCAUGACACUAUAGUAUAUCGGAAUUCGCAUAUAAAUAAUUUGUUUAUCAAGAGUUAGAAAUUGACUAGUUCUCACAGAAGCGUCAUAUUAAAUUUGUUUUCAAGAUAUUAUUCUUAUAUAUUAAACAUUUAUAAAGAUGCCGAAUAUUAAAUUGCAGUCGUCAGAUAAUGAAAUAUUUGAUGUUGAUGUGGAAAUCGCCAAAUGUUCAGUUACAAUCAAAACUAUGUUAGAAGAUUUAGGUAUGGACGAUGACGAGGAGGAAGUGGUUCCUUUACCCAAUGUAAAUUCUGCAAUUUUAAAGAAGGUAAUUCAGUGGGCAACGUACCAUAAAGACGAUCCUCCUAUACCCGAAGAUGACGAGAACAAAGAAAAGCGAACUGAUGAUAUUUCUUCUUGGGAUGCAGAUUUUUUGAAAGUUGAUCAGGGUACCUUGUUCGAAUUAAUUUUGGCAGCUAAUUAUUUAGAUAUAAAAGGGCUUUUAGAUGUUACCUGCAAGACGGUAGCGAAUAUGAUUAAGGGAAAAACACCUGAAGAAAUUCGUAAAACAUUCAACAUCAAAAAUGACUUUACAGCAGCUGAAGAAGAACAGGUUCGCAAAGAAAACGAAUGGUGUGAGGAAAAGUAAUGUAGAUUUUCACUGAAGUCUUAAGUCUCGAUCCAUCUAGGAGAAAUAUAGGUUUAAGCUUUUGACCUAAUGAUGCUGUUAAUACAACAUUUUCUAUAUCCUCAAAUUAUUUCAGUUAAUAUAAAAACAUAAGUUACUAUGGUAUCUUUCUCAUGAACAUAAUCACAUUAAAAAUUUUGAAAUAAACUCUCGCAUGACAAAUAGUAAAGUAUAUCCCAUGAUUACCAUUAGGUGGUGUAUACUAACUCAUGUUAUCUAUUUUAGUUACAUUUAAUGUAUAGAGAAAUGAUCAAUGUUGUGUGUAAAUUUAGAUUUUAGUUUAAAUCUUUAAUAAUAAUAAAGGCUAGAAAAGCUUGUGAUUUGGUGUAAUUUAAAAUAUAUGUUUUAAAUGAAGUUUUUAUUUAUUAAUUGAAUUAAUACAUAAUAGGGUAAGUCACAAUGUGUUCAUAGUUUCAACUUGCCAGUGAUUGAAAUUAUAUUUUCCAUUGAUAGACUUUUGUUUAUAUUAUCACAAAAACAAAUUAGUAAAUACUGAAAGCAACAAGAGGUCUGUAUUUGAUUGCUUUUAUUAGGUAAUGAGUAGGUAUACCUACAAUUAUUUUUUAAUGUAUGAUUAUUUUUUUUUAAAAAAAGCUGUUCCUCAUGGAAAUUACAUAGUAGAUUAAUCAUAAUUGAGGUAGACCAGAUGAUAACUAUGCAGGUUUUUAUCAAAUUUAGGUGGAGAUAGACCCCUCAACAUUUCUAUAUGGAUAAAAAAUCACUACAUACUACUACAUACAUCUUCAUCAUACUUAAUAGAAAAUUAUUUUAACUGUUUUUUAAAAUUUCACAGGUAUAAAAUAAACUGUACAAUUUACAAUGUACUGUCCUUAACUUUAGCUUAACAGUGCUAGCUUGUGCUUUAAAAAUGCGGCGGCAUGGCUGAUGCUAUGAAAAUCUGAGUAAGAAUUAAAGUGUUAAAAUUA